UUGCGGCUCUUUUGCGAAGAACACCCCCUUCCCUCUUCAUCGCGCUUUCCCUUUAUCUCUCUACAACCACAGCCCGAUAUUUUUUAUUAUCAUGCUCCUCAGCUCGCUUUUCCCGAUUUCCGCGCUUGCUCUGGGCUCGGUGGCUGCCGCUGGGACUUCCCAACGCGCCUCGCUGAUCGUCUUUGGUGACAGCCUCAGCGACAACGGCCACAUGCCGCACUACUCGAACUACUCCAAGUACUGGGGUGGCCGCUACAGCAACAGCUACAUGUGGAACGAGUACUCGGCCAAGCUGCUGGAUCUCAAUCUCGAGAACUACGCGAUUGGUGGCUUCCACGACCGACAACAACUGAUUCCUAGCGUCACCGAAAUCGUUCACCAGUACCUCGCCAACAACACGAACGUCUCAGACUACAAGAAGAAGAAUUCGAUCAUCGCCAUCGACGGUGGCGGCAACGACCUCUUCUACAGCCUGGACAAUCUGUCGACCGGCAAGAUGAGCAUCACCUACUUUAUCGAUACAUUGCAUCAAGACCUUCUGCUUGACGACGGCUACCGCAAGAUCUACCUCCUCAACCUCCCCAGUCUCACCAUGGCGCCUGCUCUCGCUGAGGCCCUGGCCGGCAUGCUCACGCCUGUGCUCAAUGCUGUCUUCCGGACCAAGCUCACUGCUCUCCGUCUUAAGAACCCGUCCAAGGCUGCCGAGAACCUGAUGGACACCAGCAACUCGCCUAUGGUUCUGCGUGCCAUCAACGUCACCGACACCAAGAAUCCCUGUGUUGUUGACCAUGCCGACGGCUCGCAGACGUACUGCACUGAUGACGAUAUCCGCUACUACUACGACUCGUUCCACCCCAGCGGCCGCCCGCACUACCUGAUCGGCGUUGCCUUUGCCAACAUUGUCAAGAACCCGUCGUACCCGGUUACCAAGUGGUCCCUCACCGACAUUGCCAAGCAGUACGACAUUGCGCACAGCGACAAGAACCACAACAUUCUUGCCAGCAGCGCUUAAGAAUUUAAGGACACAGCGGCGCUAAUCCCUCACCGGUUAACCUUUUCAUUUCGGGCUGAGCUGUGGUACGAAUACACGUUUUGCCAUAUUUUUAGGUGUGUUAAUUGCCACAUUUGGCGG